ACCCAGAUCGCGCCCAUGAUGUUGCCGGAUUUGGAUAUAGACGACGAAGCCUAUGCAGAAAGCACUAGCACAAGCUACGUGACAUCCAUCGCCUCGGAGAUAUCUCGAGGCAUCUUAGAAAAUGAACGACUGUACCCACAAUAUGGAAGACACAGCUACGGAAUGCCGGUCGACGAAGCUGAGAUGGACCGAAUGGACCUGCAACACCGCAAAUACGAACUCGUGAUUGGGGAUAGACACUUUUUGGCUCCCAUUGGUGAUUGCCCUCAGAGCAUCCUCGACCUGGCGACUGGUACGGGCAUAUGGGCACUGGACGUGGCAGACAUGUUCCCCACUGCGUCAGUACUUGGGGUAGAUAUUGCACCAAUACAACCCAAAUGGGUUGCUCCCAAUUGUCAGUUCGAAAUCGACGAUAUCGAGGAUAGCUGGACCUACCGGAUGGAGAGUUUUGACUUUAUUCACCUUCGCGAUCCGUUGUACGUGGUGCGUGACUGGCCGAAACUCAUGCGACAAGCAUAUGAUCAUCUCAAACCUGGAGGGUGGUUUGAGCUGGCUUCGGUAUAUCCUCGCGCCAUGUGUGACGAUGCAUCGAUGCCGGAGAGUUCCAUGUUCAAAUUUAUCUGCGACAGGUUCAUCGAGGCCUCAUAUGGACUGGGUGCUCCACUGGACUGCUGUCUACACUUUGCCGAGUAUCUUCGAAACGCCGGCUUUGUUGAUGUGGCCGAGCUUAUCUUCAAGAUGCCAUCAUCACCGUGGCCAAAGGACCGACGUCUCAAGAAAGUGGGAGCACUGGAGAUGACAAACCUGGUGGAAGGGGCUUCUGCCUUUGGACUGCGAGUGUUUUCUCAUGCAUACGGAUGGACACGUGAGGAGACGGAGCUGGCCAUGGUCGGGUUUCGGAAAGAUGUGAAGAAUCGAAACUAUCAUCAAUAUGUGCGAUAUUAUGUCGUGUAUGGUCGCAAGCCCGAGAGGCGAGAU